AUGUGCUGCGCGAACGCACGAUGUCGUUGCCAAAUACACACACACACACAGACGCAGACGCAGAGGGUCAACCGUGGCACUGCCCAACGCCGUCCACUUGCAGGUGGAGCGACUGAUUCACUUGUCUUCCCCCCCUUUUUGUCCCUGUCGCUGCGGCGGGGAACACGGACGCCGGGGCUCACUGCCGAGUCGAGUUGGCGUGGCGUCCUAAUUGGUGUGGGGCCUACUUCUGACAAGAAUGACAGUUCUCCCAUUGACGUCGUUUUUUUUACCGUUUUAAUGUAUCUCUCCGUGACCACCGCGCUGGGAACGCCACUGCCGCCGCCGUAUCGCUUCACUGCUUCCCUUGCUGCUCGCCUCGACGAGACGAGGCGUUGGCGCGCUCACGCCAGAUGCUUCGCGCUGAAUAUCGCGCCACGUGAAUGCAUCGUUGUAUGCCCUUAUUGGGGGUAA